CCCUACGAGGAUGCUGUAGACGACGCUGGACGAGCGAAACUUUUUGAACAAUGUGCCAUGGACGCCCGAAAACAGAUGUAACGUUGUGGUGCUACUCUUCAGCCUGCUGUUGACGUGUUGUGUGACAGUGUUUAUAAUCUUAAUAUGAUGGAGCAGGGCUUGGAAAUGUCAGCCAUGAUUCCUGCUUUGCAGGAACUUGGAAGUGCCGGUUCAACAGAAUACAACAGCGUAGUGCAGAAGCCACGACAAAUACUUUGCCAGUUCAUUGACAGGAUACUGACAGAUGUUGACGUCGUUGCCUUGGAGUUGUCCAAGAAGAGCAGUUCGGCACCAGCCUGUGUGAUGUUAUUGGACUUUGUGCGACACAUUAUAAAGUCUUCAUCGUUGAUGUUUGUGAACCCUGCCUGCCAGCUUGACCGCUUCAAGGAUGUGGAGAACAGUUGCACUGACUUCAGCAAGUGGAUGAUCACUCGGCUCCUGCGCAUUGCCGCUUCGCAGGAGUGCGAGAGUCUUCAUGAGAAGAUUGCGUUGGUCAUCUGCUCUUUACUGCAUCUCUUCAGAGCCAAGAGCCCCGUUAUUUUCGGGGUGCUGUCCAGGGAUCUGAUCGGACUCUCACAGGACCUGGUCAGCACACGCGUGCGGGACGCCCGUGGCGGUCCCCAGGCAUGGCCCGUUACCCUGGAGAGGUUCACGGUGACGCCCGCGGGCGCAGCCGGUUACCUCACGCCCUCGGCCCUGCAGGUGACCUCUGCGGUCGCCGCGGAAACGCUGAAGGCCACAGCGCUGGAGGUGCUGACCGACGUCCUGCGAGGCGUGUUCUUCCGGGGCGAGGCCCGGGCGGUGUGGGAGGUGGGGUGCGCCGACAUGGCCGGCGGGGGCCCCAGGGUGAAGAAGGCCGCCAUGGCUCUGCUGGCGCACGUCGUGGAGCUCGGGGGCUUUCCCGAGAGACAGGCGCAGGCCUUCUUCUCCGCCUACCUGCAGGUCCUCGGCUCCCUGGGCUCCGUCAGCCCGGCGGACCUAAACCUCUACGGGCCGGAGCUCCAGCGGCUAUCCGGACACGUGUUCAUUCCGGAACUGCACACACACACCAUGUUUGAGCGGGUCCACCUCAACGCCUUGAUGGAGACGCUCCACGGACUCUUGACCAAGGGGCUUCUGGCGGAGCUGGAGUCGGAGGAGGCGAGAAUGAUGCUGUGCCAGAUCUUCCGCUUUCUCCUGGCCUCUGUCCCGCCCGGCUACGAAUCAGCUGUCCAGAUCAGGAGGGAGCGUGUCAACGACAUCUGCAAAGCUCUCGUCAAGACCGUUGGCUCUCAGCCACACAUGGAGUAUCUGGAAGGGUAUCUGCAUGCUGCCCUGAUAUCUGAAGGGAUGGAACUCACCCAGGAGCCUCCCACGGGUUCCUCCACCUCCGAUGAAGCCGAUGGGCCUGGGAACGAGCUGCCCGCCAAGAGGCUGUGCUUGUCUCUUGGGCCCCUGUCGGGAAAGCCACUCAAAAACCCCCUGGUAGCGAGCCAGGCGGAGGUGAGGCUGAGGAGCGAGGCGUGGGCGGUGGUGGACGCCCGGCUGGAGGAGCUGGUGGCGCAGCUGAAGGACCAGCCUGUCUCCCAGGCCGUCUGCACCCUGGAGGGCGUGGCCGUCAUCCUGCACCUGGCGGCCCUGUGCUCGGCGCACGGUCUGCGGGGGUCAUCGGCCACUAGAGGAGGGCCGGACGUUAAAGAGCCCGGUGCCGAACCACUGCCGGAGUCUGCCGGCGCCGCACCCCCGCCCCGGCUGGUCUGGGUCCAGCCCCGGACGCUGGCCCAGGCGGUGGAGGGCUGCCGGACCGUGCUGGCCAACGCCGACGGUGCGGACGAGCUGGAGCCCUGCGUGGACCGGACCAUCAGGAUCCUGGAUGCCAUUCUCUACAUGAGCUGCAGCUGCCAGACUGACCUGGGCCUGAACAAGAGCCUGUGUGCCCUGCUGUCCGUGCCCUGGGUGUGUGAGCAGUCCUCUCACCCCGCCUACCAGUCAGCCGGCUUCUCCUCCAACCUGCUCAGCCUCAGCCACAAACUGGCCCGCUCUUUCUCGACGGGGGCUCGAGCGCACUGCGUCUUCCUCCUGUCCCUGCUGCCGAAGAAGACGUGCCCGGACUGGAGGUCGUCUGUGUACCGGUGGGCCCUGCAGAGCCCGAGCGAGGCCGUUAGGGCCAGCGCCGUGAGGGGCUUCCCCAACCUGCUGCACCACCUGGGGGUGAAGUCCUACAGCCUGAUCCACGAGGUGCUGCUGAACAAGCUGCAGGACAGCUCUGUCCAGGUGAAGACAGAGUUGGCUGGCAUCACGGGGCAGCUGGCCUGCUGCCUGGCGGAGAACUCUCAGCUGAGCGUCCCGCGGGAUGAGACCGGACCCCCCGGGGCCUUCCUCUGCACCCGGCUCUCCGUCAGCGCCGUGCACCAGGGCAAAGCCACCGCCAUCGGGGCCUCCAUUUUCACCCCCUUCCUGGCGCUCCUCAGACCCGACGCUGACAGCGCGGUGAAACUAGCUUUUAUAGGGAACAUCCCACACCUGUGCAAACACGUGGCAGUGGGCAGUGGAGACCCGGACACCAAGGCACUGGUCAAUGGGCUGGUCAGCCUCAUCGAGGACCCGGGGGAGGAGGUCCGCAUGCACUUCAGCAGACACAUCAAACACCUGCUGGAAUGCUGGCAAGGGGACGGCUACCUUAAAGAGCUCCUUGUCUCCCGGCUGAAGGAGGCGUACACCAACGCCAAAACCAGUCGGAACAACGACGUGAAGAACACGCUGAUCUUCACCACGGGAGAGAUCGGGAGAGCCGCCACGGGGAACCUGGUGUCCUUCGCCCUGCUGCGGCUCCUCCACUGCCUGCUGUCCAAGUCUGCCCAGGUGUCGGUGGCCGCCUACAGCGAGAUCCGGGCCCUGGCCUCCUCCCGGGACCUCAAGCUGCAGUCCUUCUUCAGCCAGUACAAGAACCCCGUCUGCCAGUUCCUGGUGGAGUCGCUGCACUCGCGUCACGUGACUGCCCUGCGCUGCACGCCCGACCAGAGCAGCGAGGCCCUGCAGGAGGAGGCGGCCCGGCAGCGGGAGCUGGCCCUGGACAUCCUGUCCCAGGUCGCCCACGUCUUCGACUUCCCCGACCUCAACCGCUUCCUGACCCGCACCCUGCAGGUGCUCUUGCCCUACCUGGCCGCCAAGGCCAGCGCCACUGCCUCGGCGCUCAUUCGCACCAUCGCCAAGCAGCUCAACGUCAACCGCCGGGAGAUCGUCAUCAACAACUUCAAGUACAUCUUCUCCCACCUGGUGUGCUCCUGCACCAAGGACGAGCUGGAGAGGGCCUUCCACUACCUCAAGAGCGAGACGGAGAUCGAGCUGGGCAGCCUCCUGCGGCAGGACUUCCAGGGCCUGCACAACGAGCUGCUGCUGCGGCUGGGGGAGCACUACCAGCAGGUCUUCAACGGCCUGGCCAUCCUGGCCUCCUUCGCCUCGGGAGACGACCCCUACCAGGGCCCGCGUGACAUCACCACGCCCGACCGCAUGGCGGACUACCUGCAGCCGAAGCUCCUGGGCAUCCUGGCCUUCUUCAACAUGCAGCUGCUGAGCUCCAGCGCGGGUGAGAAGGACAAGAAGAAGAUGGCGCUGAACAGCCUGGUGGCUCUGAUGAAGCUGAUGGGGCCCAAGCACAUCAGCUCGGUGAGGGUGAAGAUGAUGACCACCCUGAGGACCGGCCUCAGAUACAAAGACGACUUCCCGGAGCUCUGCUGCCAAACAUGGAAUUGCUUUGUGCGCUGUGUGGACCCGCCGUAUCUGGGGCCUCUCCUCAGUCACGUCAUGGUGGCCCUGCUGCCCCUUAUCCCCGUCCAGCCCAAAGAGACGGCCGUCAUCAUUCGCUACCUCAUCAUAGAGAACAGAGAUGAAGUGCAGGAUUUCCUCCAUGAAAUCUACUUCCUGCCUGAUCACCCAGAGCUGAAGGAGAUCCACCAGGUCCUGCAGGAUUACAGGAAGCAAACGUCCAAGAGCACGGACCUGCAGGCAGCCCUGCAGCUCUCCAUGAGGGCCAUCCAGCACGAGAACGUGGAUGUGCGCAUCCAUGCUCUCACCAGCCUGAAGGAGAUGAUGUACAAAAACCAGGAGAAGCUGCUGCGGUACGUGAUGGACAGCGAGACGGUGGAGCCGGUGAUCUCGCAGCUGGUGACGGUGCUGCUGAAGGGUUGCCAGGACACGCACCCGGAGGCGCGGCUGCUCUGUGGGGAGUGCCUGGGGGAGCUGGGCGCCAUCGACCCGGGACGCCUCGACCUCUCCACUGCCGACACCCAGGGGAAAGGCUCCACCUUUGUGAGCGGGGUGGACGAUGCCAACUUCGCCUACGAGCUGCUGACGGAGCUGACCAGGACCUUCCUGGCUUACGCUGAUGAUGUACGGGCACAGGACUCCGCUGCUUACGCCAUGCAGGAGCUCCUGGCGAUAUUUGAGUGCCGAGAGGGCCGGACUGACUCCCCUGGCCGGAGGCUGUGGAGGCGCUUCCCGGAGCAGGUGCAGGAGAUCCUGGAGCCCCAUCUCAACAGCAGGUACAAGAGUUCUCAGAAGGUUGUGAACUGGUCCAAAUUGAAGAAGCCAAUCUACCGUAGCAGCCGCGGGAGCAAGUUUGCUGACUGGUCAGCCACGUGGGCAGGCUAUCUGAUAAGCAAGGUCAGGCAUGGGCUCGCCAGCAAGGUAUUCAACUGCUGCAGCUUUAUAAUAAAGCACGACUACAAAGUGACCAUCUACCUCCUAUCUCACAUCCUGGUGUACGUGCUCUUGGGCUGCACCAAAGAAGACCAGGAUGAGGUGAAUAAGGAGAUCAUGGCGGUGCUGAAGGAAGACGACGCUCGCCUGGGCCGGCCGCAGGAGAGCGAGUCCGGGCUGACCCAGCUCAGCACCCAGACGGUCUUCUCCAUGCUGGACCACCUGACCCAGUGGGCCCGCCACAAGCUGCAGGCCUUGAACGCCGCCCGGUCGGGGGGGCGGUCCUCCCGCGAUCAGGCCCCACAGAACGACUCGGGCCCGGAGGACGGCGAGUACCAGAGCGUGGUGUCCUUUCUCAACUGCAUCCCUCAGGACGUGCUGGCCAAGGCCUCCUUCCGCUCCAGAGCCUACACCCGCGCCGUCAUGCACUUUGAGUCCUUCAUCAUCGAGAAGAAGCAGAACAUCCAGGACCACCUCACCUUCCUGCAGACCCUGUACGCAGCCAUGCAUGAGCCCGACGGGGUGAGGGGGGUUAACGCGCUGCGGAAGGAAGAGCCCUCGCUGCGGGAGCAGAUACUGGAGCACGAGAGCAUCGGCCUGCUGCGCGACGCCACCGCCUGCUAUGACCGCGCCAUCCAGCUGGAGUCUGACCAGAUUGGUCAUUAUCAUGGGGUGAUGAAGUCCAUGCUAGGACUGGGACAGCUCUCAACAGUCAUUACUCAAGUCAACGGCGUGCUCGCUAACAGGCCGCAGUGGAAAUCGGAACUGAACACAUACAGGGUGGAGGCCGCCUGGAAGCUCACCCAAUGGGACCUUCUAGAAGACUACUUAGCUUCAGAUCGAAAGUCCAGCACGUGGAGCGUGAGGCAGGGCCAGAUGCUGCUGGCUGCCAAGAAGAAGGACUCCGAAGCCUUUUACAAGAAGCUGAAAAUCGUCCGCAAGGAGCAGGUGGUGCCUCUUUCGGCCGCCAGCUUUGAAUGCGGAACGUAUCAGAGGGGAUACGAGUAUAUCAUAAGGCUGCACAUGCUGAGUGAGCUGGAGCACGCCUUCACGGACCUUGAGAAGCAGUGGCAGAAGGGGGCAGGGCCACAGGAUGGGGAGCAGACCCUCAACUGGCAGGCCCGGCUGGAGAUGACGCAGAACUCCUUCCGGGCCAAGGAGCCCAUCCUUGCCCUCCGCAGAGCCAUGCUCAGCUUCAGCAAGGGGCAGGCGUACGAGGACCUGGUGGGCGAGUGCUGGCUCCAGAGCGCCCGGGUGUCCAGGAGGGCCGGCCACCACCAGACGGCCUUCAACGCCCUGCUCAACGGAGAGAACUCCCGCCUUUCCGAGCUGUUCGUGGAGAAGGCCAAGUGGCUGUGGUCCAAGGGAGACGUGCACAAGGCGCUGAUCGUCCUGCAGAAGGGGGUGCAGCAGUGUUUCCCUGAUGACCAGCCGCUCACUGACCCCAAGAGCAUCCAGAUCAAGGGCCGGGCCAUGCUGCUGGUCGGCCGCCUGAUGGAGGAAACUGCCAACUUUGAGAGCAACGCCAUCAUGAAAGCAUAUAGGGACGUGACAGCUCUUCUGCCGGAGUGGGAGGAUGGUAACUUCUAUCUGGCCAAAUACUACGACAAGCUGAUGCCCAUGGUGACCGACAACAAGCUGGAGAAACAGGGCAAUCUGAUUCGCUACAUUGUCACCUUUUUUGGAAAGGCACUGCAGUUCGGAAAUCAGUACAUAUACCAGGCAAUGCCUCGAAUGCUCUCUCUGUGGCUGGACUUUGGUGCAAAGGUUUAUGAAUGGGAAAAGGCCGGACGCUCCGACCGCCUCCAGAUGCGGCAGGACCUGACCAAGAUAAACGCGGCCAUCAUGGAGCACACCGCCAACCUGUCGCCCUACCAGUUCCUGACCGCCUUCUCCCAGCUCAUCUCCCGCAUCUGCCACUCCAACGACGAGGUCUUCGCCGUGCUGCUGGAGAUCGUGGCCAAGGUCUUCCUCGCUUACCCGCAGCAGGCCAUGUGGAUGAUGACUGCCGUGUCCAAGUCCUCAUACCCGACCCGGAUGAACAGAUGUAAAGAGAUCUUGAGGAAGGCGACCAGCUUGAAAGAGUCUCUGGGGAAGUUCAUCGGCGAUGCCACCCGGCUGACUGACAAGCUGCUGGAGCUCUGCAACAAACCUGUGGAUGGGAACUGCAGCACCCUCAGCAUGAGCGUUCACUUCAAGAUGCUGAAGCGGUUGGUAGAGGAGCCCACCUUCAGCCAGAUCCUCAUCCCCCUGCAGUCCGUGCUCAUCCCCACACUGCCCUCUACUGGCGGGGCCAACCCCAACCACGAUGCCUUCCCCGGCCACUGGGUCUACCUGGCAGGCUUCGAUGACAGCGUGGAGAUCCUGCCCUCUCUCCAGAAGCCCAAGAAGAUUGCGCUGAAAGGCUCAGACGGGAAGUUCUACACCAUGAUGUGCAAACCCAAAGACGACCUGAGGAAGGACUGCAGGCUGAUGGAGUUCAACUGCCUCAUCAACAAGUGCCUGAGGAAGGACGCAGAGUCCAGGCGGAGGGAGCUCCACAUCCGGACGUACGCGGUCAUCCCACUCAACGAAGAGUGCGGCAUCAUCGAGUGGGUCAACAACACUGCCGGCCUGCGCCACAUCCUCACCAAACUCUACAAGGAGAAGGGCAUCUAUCUGUCGGGGAAGGAGCUGCGCAAAUACAUUCUCCCCAAAUCGGCCUCAUUCCAAGACAGGCUGAAGCUGCACAGGGAGGUCCUCCUUGCUCGACACCCUCCUGUCUUCCACGAGUGGUUCCUCAGGACUUUCCCUGACCCCACUUCAUGGUACAGCAGUAGGUCUUUCUACUGCCGCUCUACUGCUGUGAUGUCUAUGGUGGGGUACAUCUUGGGACUGGGAGACCGCCACGGGGAGAACAUCCUGUUCGACUCCCUGACGGGGGAGUCCGUUCACGUUGAUUUCAACUGCCUUUUCAACAAGGGAGAGACGUUUGAUGUGCCAGAGGUGGUCCCCUUCCGACUCACCCAGAACAUGGUUCAUGCCAUGGGGCCCAUGGGCACGGAGGGGCUCUUCCGACAGGCCUGCGAGGUCACCAUCCGACUAAUGAGGGAUCAGAGGGAACCGCUCAUGAGCGUCUUAAAGACAUUUCUUCAUGACCCCCUGGUGGAGUGGAGCAAGCCUGUUAAAGGCACGUCCAAAACGCAAGCCAACGAGUCCGGGGAGAUCCUGAAUGAGAAGGCCAAGACGCACGUCCUGGACAUUGAGCAGCGCCUGCAGGGGGUGAUAAAGAGCAGGAACAAGGUGUUGGGUCUGCCCUUGUCCAUCGAGGGUCAUGUGCAUUACCUCAUACAGGAAGCCACAGAUGACAACAACCUGUGUCAGAUGUACCUGGGCUGGGGCCCCUAUCUGUGACCAGUGGCACUGAACCACUUUACUGCUGACCCGUGGAAUGUACAUUGUAUGCUGAUGCUGAAAUUCUCCCUAUGGAGAUUUAAGCCUUGUGUCACUGUUUUCAUUGUACCUUUUUGCACAAAAUGUUUGUUAAAAUUGGUUGCUUAAAAAUUUGUGGGAUGGAGAAAAUGCCUUUGGGUCAAUACAUCCGUAUUAGCUGGAUCGAAUGUAGUAUUAUGAAAAUAAUAUAAUUUUUGGGGCGUCGUGAGUCACAGGCUGUAAGAGCUAAGACUGGUUUGAUUGGCCCAUGGAUGUUGUCCAGUCCUGCUAUGUCCUCUAAGGUCAGCAUGUUUGUUACACUUCACGAGAGGAUUACCAAUUUGUUGAAGCCUUGGAUAGCAAUGCUGACAAGUAUGUUCCAAGCAUGUUUUGCUUAUUUGAGCCCCGCACAUGCCUUCAUUUUUCUGUGAAAUAUUGUUAUUAAAUAUAAAAGGGAAAAAUAAAUGGACCGGCAAUAUCAACUGUGAUGCAUAUAAGCUAUGUAUAUUUUUUCUGUUGCACAAGAAAUUAAAUAUUUCUUUACACUUG